CCAAUCCGUUCUUUCAUUCAAUGACAUAGUUUUGUUUGACAGCUAGUUCGUCGUAUUUGUUUCGAUACUACCUAUCCAACGAAAAGAAGCUUUGUUUUGUACAAAUACACAUUGAAUCCGAUGCUGGAUUGCAAUUAGCAAUGACGCUGGGUCAAUUUGAGAACGUCGGAGCUUUUAUACGGAGUUGCAAUGGGGCUACGUUGCGCUACGACCAAGCAUGUCUGGAAAUAAUUACAACGGAGCCGAUAAGUUUUUUGAGCCAGUAUGAAGAAUGCCAGGGCUGUAAGUUGCUGACGACUGAGCCCCUCGCAAACUCGUCGUCUUACGUGUUAAAGACCUUAAGUCCCGUGCGCUACGCCAUCGAGAAUGGACAUGGCCAGAUAUGCAAUGGCUCCUACCAGUUUCUCGAGUUUGGACAGUACAGCAUCAACCUCACCGAGGUGACCAAGCAGCAAUGCCAGCCCCGGAUGACAGCGGAGCCGGAUGCCGCCUCGCUGCCCAUCCUCACCGCUGUACUGAUCCUGCUGUCCAUGGCCACGCUGUGGUAUGUGGUCAAGGGCAUCGGGAAGAGGAUCAUCGCUGGGAGACUGUACGCCAGAUACUUUGCUAGGGAUGAUAAUGAGUUGGGUUCCGAGACGCGCGUCCUGACCGCAGAAGCGAGCGUGCCCCGUUCGCCGACCCGCUCGCGCCUGCGCUCGCUUGACAUCUUCCGUGGCGCCGCCAUUGCUCUGAUGAUCUUCGUGAACGCCGGCGGCGGUGGCUACGCCAUAUUCUCUCACUCGGUGUGGAACGGCCUGACGGUGGCUGAUGUCGUGUUCCCUUGGUUCGCCUUCGCCAUGGGGCAGGCGCUAGUGCUGUCCCUCAAUGCGAGGCUGAGGACCUCCCUGCCCAGGAUCACAGCUCUACAACAGGUGGCCCUCCGAUCCGUUCUGAUGGCGAUGGCCGGAGUGGUGCUCGGCUCGGUCGACACCUCGUGGGCCGGGGUUCGACUCCCGGGCGUGCUGCAGCGCCUCGCCGCCAUGUACCUCGUCGUGGGCGCUCUAGAGUGCGCCUUCAUGCGGACCAGCCAGAACAUUACGCCUGGUCGUUCUCUGUUCCGUGACAUCGCGGCCGGUUGGCAGCAGUGGCUAGCUACUCUCUCGCUAGUAGCAGUGCAGAUCUGCGUGACGCUGACCGUCGCCGCCCCGGGCUGCCCGCGCGGCUACGCGGGCCCCGGCGGGCUGCACCUGUCCGCCGAAGGCCGGGACCUCACCAACUGCACCGGGGGCAUUGCCGGAUACAUUGACCGAAUGGUGUUCGGCGAAGCCCACCUCUACAAAUACGGUACCUUCCGCGACAUAUACCACACCACGGUCCGCCACGACCCUGAGGGUCUGCUGGGCAUCUUAUCCGGUCUGCUGGUGGUCCAAGCCGGUGCCCACGCCACCAGGAUCAUGCUGGCUUACAACCAUGCCAGGGCCCGCAUAAUGCGCUGGGUAUUCUGGUCGCUGGUCUUCGGAGCUACGGGCGGCGCUCUCUGCGUGUUCUCCAAAAACGAUGGCCCGAUUCCGAUAAACAAGAACCUGUGGAGCGUCUCCUUCUGCCUGGUGACGGCUGCCAUGGCGUUCAUGGCGCAAGCAGUGUUGUAUUACGUGGUGGAUCUCAAGAUGAAAUGGGGCGGCCGCCCGUUAUAUUAUGCCGGUCAGAACGCGCUGUUCCUCUACCUAGGGUCCGAGUUGCUCAAGAAGCACUUCCCGCUUCACAUCCACGUGCCAGCCGCCACGCACGCGCAGCUGCUGGCCACACACGCCUUCGCUAUGCUAGUGUGGAUCGCGGUCGCUAUAGCCCUGCACAGGAAACGGAUCUUUAUCACGCUGUAAUAAGGUUGGAAGUUGAUUGGCAAUGUU